AUGAAAUCUCAAAUGUUCGCUCUACUUUUACUGGUCAUUAGCGCCUUUUUCUUUCAAUCAACACAUCAAUAUCGUCUCUCAAAACGUGAACUAACUGAAUAUGACUUAACCAGUUUUAUUGUCAGUACAUGUUCAGCCGAUAAAACCGACAUGUUUAUCCAGAAUCUAUGCGAUCAAACAUUGCAGUCGGCACUUAUGGGUAAUUUUCCAAUUCUGACCUAUUAUUGUAAAACAAUCGGUGUCGAAAUGAGUUAUUGUAAUAAUAUCAACCUACACACAGUUAGUAAUCAGAAUGUUGAAGCUAAGAGAUUUGUUUCUCGUCGAUUUGUACGAAGUCUUAAUGAAGACAAGAAAUUGUAUCACAAAGGACAAGAGAUCAAUAAUGACAUUGACCUUGAAGAAAAAUUGAUUAUGCAACUGUGUAUGACAAAAACGGAGAAAAGUUCAAUUGAUACGGAUAAAUUUUGCAAUCGAACAUUACAUGAAGUUCUGCAAGGACGAUAUCCCGAAAUAAAACGUCUUUGCAAGUAUCAUCCAAGCUUUGAUUAUUGCCGCCGUAUACGGUCUUAUUCAUUAUUACUCUCUUGGCCAUUAUUAAAAUCAUUAUCUCUCUUAUCAUCAUCAGCAUAUGCUAUUACACCUGAUGUUAAUCCUUUGUUCAUGCCAUCGUCAGCAUCCAAAUCGUCUGACAUUGAAUCAUUCAUUGAUCAACAAAGGAUCAAUGACGAAAAACAAUUAUCAUUAUCAUAA